AUGAGUAUAGAGAUCGGUGGUCCGAGCAGUGGAGAUGGCAGUAGCGAUAGCCGAAGAAAUGUGGGGAAGGGGUUUGGGCCACCUCCUGCCUUCUUGACCAAGACCUUCCACAUGGUCAAUGAUCCAAGCUCAAAUUCCAUAAUUUCUUGGGGUAAAUUAGGUGACAGCUUCAUUAUUUGGGAUCACAUCAAAUUCUCUGUUGAAAUACUUCCCAACUAUUUCAGACACAACAAUUUUUCAAGCUUUGUCUACCAGCUCAACAACUACGGUUUUCGUAAAAUUGGAGUGGAGAAUCAAUGGGAGUAUAUAAGUCCAGAUUUUCAAGAAGGGAAACCCCAUCUCCUCUACAACAUGAAGAGACGAUCACUCCAAAGCUCAACUCCUCGGCGCCAAAAAGACACCCUCUCCCGCACCCUCGAUGCCCUAAACAAAUCCAUCGACGAAUCAACACAAGAAAUCAAGAAGCUAAAGAAGCAUCAAUCAGACAUAGAGCUCCACAUCGCCACGGUGAGACAAAAGGCCACCACCCUCGAGGCCACGUCCAACAAACUCGUGGCGCAAUGGGCCAAAGCAUGCGAGAUCAUCGUCAUGAGAGAGAAGGAGAGGAGCGAGAAUCCCGCCGUCAUUGAAGAAAUCCCACCUCAAGAAAAUGAAGAGGAUCAUGAAAAUGAGGUGGUGAAAGAAGAGGCGGAGAAGCAACCGGUAGUUUUGUCAUCGGGUGAUCAUGAAUCAGAAUCGGCAGCCAUGAUCGGAGAGUACUCCGUUGUGUUUGAAAAUGUGAAGAAGAGGCUGUUUGAAGAUGAUGAGGUGUGUGAAGAUGAAGCUGCAAAUAGGAAUGAUAUGGCUCAAGAUUUUGAAGAAUGGCUCAUCCAGAGUUCUACUACUGAUCUUUGGUAA